AUGCUCACAAAUCAAGAGCAAACGCAAAAUCAACUGCUGCAAUAUGGUAGCGAAGAAGCCUUUGACCCCGAAGUUCACCUAAACUAUAAACCCCCGACCUCCCUUCUCACAAUGAAAGAUCUAGGUUUGAAAUGCUCGGCCCCAUUCACCCCCAUAGCAGGAAGUGUUCCAUUCCCUUUCCUGUCAGAGGCAGGGGUACGUGCCUAUCGACGAGCCAUAAUGAGACCACAGACCCUCAAGAGCUGCGCGAAGCCUUGGGGAACCGGGACAUUUAUCCUUCGCAAUUUGGCUCAGCAUUCCAAGUUCGUUCAUGACCUCUGGACUCAUCCAGAGACAAUGAAAAUCGUGUCCGAAGUUGCCGGUGUGCCAUUGACCAUCAUUAUGCCAACAGAGAUUGGCCAUACGAAUAUUCAGUCUACUGGGUGUACGGUAGAUGAAUUGAUAAAGGAGCUUGAGGUGGAGCCCAGGGCGAAGUGCAGCUUUACGGACGAGGAUAUGGCUCAUGACCAGCUGGGGGCGAGUGCGGUUAUACCUUGGCACUAUGACUCUUAUCCAUACGUGGCGGUUCUGAUGCUCAGCGAUACGACUCAUAUGGAGGGGGGGGAGACCUAUAUUAGGAAGGGUGAUGGCAGCGCUGCAAAGAUUGAAGGGCCUUCUCAAGGACACUGUGUCAUCCUUCAAGGCGGCCAAGUCGAGCACCUGGCAGCCCGAGCCUUCGGCACGACCGAACGUAUCACGACCAUAACUUCAUACCGCGCAGCCGUGGCCGGCAUCAACGAUAAUAGCUAUAUCUCAAACGUGAGGCCAUACAGUGAUCUUCCCGAACUAUACGGCCAGUGGACGAGCUACCGACUUGAAAAGAUGAAGCAAGAGAUUGAGCAUAUGCAGUCUAUUAUCAUCAAAUACGUUGACAAAUAUUCGGAUAGCUUCCCACUGGACGAAAUCUCUCAGUUCGCAGAUCAGCAGAUAUCCUACCUCAAACGUACCGUCCGCCAGAUGGUUGACCAGGCGCUUUGUGCCGAGGUCAGGCGACAUUUCGAGGCUAGAAAGAUCGAUGCUGCUGGGGAUAUAUGGGCCCGUGUCCGCGCUCAUGAGCGACUUCAGGACCUGCUUCCGAUCGCUAUGGCACAAACUAUGAUGUGGAAGUCCGUUUCUCCUUAUGUUAGCGACUGGAAAGAAACAAAGUACCUUAUCAAGACCGGCCGUGCGUCAUCUAUUCUUAGCCAAAAGGGGAACUUCCUGUGGUGCCAGAACAAAUCCGAGGAGUACUUAUUUGGGGACGAACUAGUCCGACAAGGCCUCAGAGAAGUUCUGCUGGCUUGGCUGCACCGCUCCGGCCUGAUUAGUCUUGAACAAAGCAGGUGUUGA